CCACAAAUCCUAGGAAUUUCUCCGUACGAUUAAUUUCCCAGGACAGGAAAAAAAAAAAAAAUUAAUAAAAAAGUUUCAGACUUUCUCUCUCAUUGCCCAGAUGGAUGUUUUCGAGUCUCUUUUUUCUGAAGGAAUUUUCGUUUUUUUUUUUUCAGGUGCUCGAUAAUUUCCAAUCCUCUGCAGAAGCAGCGCCCACCGCCUGUUUGAUAAAAGGGCCGAUUUGCAAAGUUCAACCAGGAUGGAUCCGCAAGGGCAUCACCAACCCCAAUCUAUGGGGAUGGUAGGUAGUGGAGCUCAGUUGACAUACAGUUCUAACCCGUAUCAGCAUAAUCAAAUGGUCGGGAGCCCAAAUCCGGGGUCAGUUGCCGCAACAGUGGGAGCUAUGCAAUCCGCUAGUCAAUCACCUGGAGCUCAGCUUGCGCAGCACCAGCUUGCUUAUCAGCAUAUCCACCAGCAGCAGCAGCAACAACUUCAGCAGCAGCUGCAAACUUUCUGGACAAAUCAGUAUCAAGAAAUCGACAAGGUGACAGAUUUCAAGAACCAUAGCCUUCCCCUAGCAAGGAUCAAGAAGAUUAUGAAGGCCGAUGAGGAUGUGAGAAUGAUAUCAGCCGAGGCACCUGUGAUAUUUGCCAGGGCAUGUGAAAUGUUCAUAUUGGAAUUGACAUUGCGGUCGUGGAAUCACACGGAAGAGAAUAAGCGGAGGACACUCCAGAAGAAUGACAUUGCAGCUGCAAUCACAAGGACAGAUAUCUUUGAUUUCUUGGUAGACAUUGUGCCAAGAGAGGAUCUGAAAGAUGAAGUCCUUGCAUCGAUUCCUAGGGGUACAGUGUCUGUUGGGGGGCCUGAUGAUGCACUUCCAUACUGCUAUAUGCCGCCUCAGCACGCACCUCAGGUGGGGGAUCCCGGGAUGAUUAUGGGUAAGCCUAUGAUGGAUCCGUCUAUGUAUGCCCAACAGUCUCACCCCUACAUGACCCAGCCAAUGUGGCAGCAGGCACCGGACCAGCAGCAGUCGCCAUCAGAUCAUUAGCGGGCGCAACAUGGAAGCGGAAGAAUAGUAAGUUCCCUUGUUUUGUUCUCCAGGCUUGUGACUGAAAGCUGAGAAAAAGCAAAGUGGUGAAGUUUGAUGUGUUCAAACUUUGGGAGUCUCUGUAAUUAUAAUGCAAUUUCUUAUCUUUUAUGCUUAACAUCUAGCAUCUGUCUCGUAUACUCUUCGCUGUAAAACAAUAUCGUCGACGAUGAUGAAGGUUGCGAACUGAUUUUUGUCGACUCUUUUAUAGCAAAAGAAGAAUUAUUAUGACUUAGCUUA